GAGGAGAGCAGGGUGGAUGAUUUCUGAGUGUGCGCCUCUACUGUCUACAUUACUCUGGGUGCGAUGCGAGCUAGCUAUUUUGCGGUCUGUUUUCGCAGUGAGCCCUCGCUGCCCGACGCGGUGAUCUAUAUACGAGCACGAUGACCGAGAUGGCCUGCCCUUGCGCUUUGGUGAUUGGCUGGCGAGGGUCACGGGAGCUGUUGUGGUGCCUGGAUACGCUGACCUAACCAUCCAACGCCUGCAGCGGAGCGGUGGGCGGCGUUGUCGUGCUUGUGUACUUAUCUUUCUCCUUUCUUUGAUGCCAUUCUUCAGGUCGUCUACUUGCCAGGUGCAAGCUUGAGCUAGUCUUUUUUUUCUUUCCUCCCUUUCCAGGCGGCCGACUAGUCAUGGCAUCCACCAACGAGGCCGCGUCGGGUUCCACCUCGUCGGCACGGGCACUUGACGUGCAGGAGAUGCAUCCCCCGGCGGGUCCAUUGCCUUCCAAGCGUGGCGAGAUUGGAUACCAGGAGCAGAUUCACGGGCGCCCACAGGUGCAGGAGGCAGAGGCCGCGAGCAUUCCCGAAAGACAUCCGGCAGACACACCUCUUGCGGGCAAUCUAUCGUCACCAUCUUCAUCACCAUCUUCAUCAGUUCCUACAAUCACAACCAGCAGCGCACCAGCGAGCGCGCCGUCCACUCCUUUGAACGACUCGUCGUCCACGCAUUCCAUGGGCAAGCGCAGCAUCGCGUCGCUUCUCAAGCCCAAAAACGUCCCCACCUACGGCGGCGUCCGCCUGACCACCAUCCUCAUCCUUCUCUUCCAGCUCUCGCUUCUCGGCGGGACCAUCGCUGGCUGGGUACUCGCCGUGAAGCUGCUCGGCCGACGGCAGAGCCAGCAACCGGGCGACGACCCGAAUGGCCAGAUCAACGGCGGCACGACGAGCAUCUUCGUGUACGUCGCGUUCGGGAUCACGGUGCUCGCGCAGCUGCUCUUCCUGGAGCGGCGGAUCUUCCGCGUGCGUGCCGAGCGCUACGGGUACCUGCACCCCGGGGAGAUGCUCCCGACGUCGCUGCGGCGAGUGUCCGCGCGGCGCAGCACGGCGAUGGGCAUCGCGCCGUGGCACCGUCCGCCGCUGCCGACAUACGCGGCGGCGCUCGCGCAGAGCGGGGUGGGGACGGGGGACGUCGAAGACUCGGCGAUCGCGCCGCCACCGCCGCCGGCGUACGGGCACACGCGGGGAAGCCGGCUGCUGCUGGCGGGAUUCCUGCGGACGAGUCUGCGGGCUCAGGCGCGGGAGCUGGAGGUCGACCGGCGGAGCAGGAUGAGCGAGCGGAGCGACCGGCCGGUGAGCUUUAUGAGUCGGGACGAGGAGUGGGAAGAGCGGCGGGAUGCGGAGAGGGCUCUGCAGGUGGAGGAGGCGCUGGCGCGGCUGGAGGAAGGACAUCAGGAAAGGCCUGUGCGUGUUUCGUAGACGCAGAGACGCUGAAACGUGCUUCGAUGGACGCUGGUUGCUACCGUUUGGGAGGUUGGAAUGCUGAUCGCCGCUCGUUUUUAUUCCUAUUGUGCAGAUCUUGCUUUUGGCGUCGAAGAGGGGGUCGCUGUACAUUGUGUGUGUUAUUCGUACGUGCAUGCUGGGACAAUGUAUUAUUUCCUUGUC